AUGGACAUCUUCGUUACCUUCAAUCUCUCUGCAGAAGAUUCAAAAAAGUUUGAGCUGGUCAAAAAGAAGUACGACGAGUACUUCAUCAAGGAGACCAACUUUGUGUACGAAAGCGCUUGCUUUCACAAGCAGCACCAGAUGCCGGCUCCAUACUGGCAGGAACGUGCCGUAAUUGCCAAAUGCAAUGGCAUGUUGCUAAAGGGGACUGGAUUGGUACUGCGUCAAUGCCUAAGAAAAGAAGUACUAACCAAGCUCCAUGAUGGGCGUAAGGACAUCUCAAAGACAAGAGCUUUGGUGAAAGAACUAGUCUGGUGGCCAGGCCUCGGCGACCAACUCGCACGGCAAGUAAAAGAAUGUGCUAGUUGUGCACGGUUCGUCCCCCAGAACAGUGAGCUUGCAAUCACAACUUUAACUCCAAGUUUCGCGUGGGAACAAGUUGGGAUCGACUUGUGUUUUGUCAGCAACUGUCACUACCUUGUCGUGGUCGACUACCUGUCGCGGUAUCCAGAAGUAGCCCUUCUUCCCUCACCGAAAACUGGUGAGGUUAUGGAAAUGCUAAAAAGCAUUUUUGCACGUCAUGGCCCUCCAAAAAUCGUGGUGACAGAUAAUGAACCACAGUUUUCUUGUACCGAGUUUGAGAAGUUUGUCCAUGAUUACAGCUUUGGUCACGUCACUGCAAGUCCUAGGUACCCUCAGGCUAAUGGGGAAGUAGAACGCAUGGUUCAAACAAUUAGGCGCCUGAUACUCAAAUUCAAGGACUCAUAUUUGGCUUUGCUUGCCUACAGAACAACUCCAGGCGUCCUCGGCUGCAGCCCGGCAGAAAUCCUUAUGGGCCGGCGUCUUCGGACAACAGUUCCAAUGGCACCGCAGCUCCAUGAUCUAGUGCAGCCACCGCUGCUUCCUCUUGUGACCAAACACAGAGCAACAAAAAAGUUGCGAACACAGUACUACAACAAACGCCACCGAGCCAGGAAAUUGAAUAAACACCAGGUGAUUCUGUUUGAGUAA